UUUAUUUGAAGAUGCUCAAAUGUUAUUUCAUCAAAGAACGACGUUAUUUCAUAAUAUGAAAAUGACACCGUCACAAAGAGCCCUCGCCACCACCGGCGAAAGGCGCCGCCCUCAGCCACCACGGCCCCCUCUAGACUAUCUCUGUCUUCUCACACUAUACAGACUAAGCCCUACACCCAAAUCGCCGCCUCUACGCCAUCGUCACGAGCAGCAGCGGCUGCCCCGACCGACUCCUCCUCUUUCCCUGUUCAAAACCUAGAACCCCAAAUAGCUGCUCCCAGUGGCUACCACGGCCACCGCCACCUUCUCCCCUCAAACCGGCGAGCUGUUCGCUCCUUCACCAACCCUCUCUCAGGCACACAUUCUACCGGACAGACAGCAGCUGCAAGCUACCCCUGUCGUCCGUCGACUCACGGCCAACACCCGAUACUCACACAAACACAACAGCAACAACACCACACGUCCCAUUCUUACUGCUUUUAGUUCAUUAAUUGUUUGAUUCCAUUUCAAUGUCUAUGCUUAUGUGUUCUCAUUCUUGUAAUUUAAUCACAAUUUCCUUCAUAUAGAAACAUCAACAAAGCAGGAAAGGAAAUAUUUGCAGAAUUUGACAUGAGUUAAAGGUGGAACCUCGAGGAGGAUUCGUUUGUGUUGCAAAAUUCUGUAGAGGAAAUUGGCUGUAGUUAGAGCUGUUGUGAAGAAGAAAAUGAAUGAGAUGAAGUUGGGAAAAUCACUUUACCUUCGUGAAGAAUAUCGCAGGGUAGGAUAAAAGGAUGCCAUUUGGGGGUUCUAUUAUAGGAUUAAAAUAGUCAAUUUUUAUUAUUUAUUAUUAUUUUAUUAAUAAGCAGGCUAUAUUAUGACACAAUAAAAAGUUGGAUUUUUCAACAUCUUGAAUUUUAUCUCCAAUGCCAAACACGGCCUAUUGUCCCCACGUUUCCCUCCAACGAAACCUUAUCUCAUAAAAUUGAAACUUACCCAAUUCCUUGUUUGGUGAGAACAGUCAUGGCGGCAGCAUCAAGCUGCAAAUUCUAUCCCACAAACUAUAAAUCUCUUCAACCUGCAAAAAGAGUUGCUCCCUACAUUUCUUGCACUGCUCAGCCUUCUCAGACCAACAUUAAGGUGAUCAUAAAUGGAGCAGCAAAGGAAAUUGGUAGGGCAGCUGUGGUUGCCGUGACAAAGGCAAGAGGGAUGGAGCUUGCUGGUGCUAUUGAUUCUCACCUUGUUGGAGAAGACAUAGGAAAGGUUUGUGACAUGGGAGAGCCUUUGGAGAUACCCAUAUUAAAUGACAUUACUAUGGUCUUAGGUUCCAUAUCACAGUUGAAAGCAACCGCCGUUGUGGUGGAUUUUACCGAUGCUUCGACGGUUUACGACAAUGUCAAACAGGCAACAGCAUUUGGAAUGAAAAGUGUAGUUUAUGUGCCACGAAUCAAAAUGGAGACGGUUUCUGCAUUAUCAGCAUUUUGUGAAAAAGCCACCAUGGGUUGCAUAGUAGCACCAACACUUUCGAUUGGAAGCAUACUCCUUCAGCAAGCUGCAAUUUCAGCAUCUUUUCACUACAACAAUGUUGAGAUUGUUGAAUCAAAAGCCACUGUUGGGGACUUACCGUCGCAGGAGGUAAAACAAAUAGCAAAUAAUCUGACAAACCUCGGCCAGAUGUACAACAGAGAAGAUGUGUCAACCGACAUUCUGGCCAGGGGUCAAGUUCUGGGAGAGGACGGAGUGCGAGUGCAUAGUUUGGUUCUUCCAGGCCUCCCAUCUAGUACAACAGUCCACUUUUCCCGCCCAGGCGAGCUUUACACCCUGAAACAUGAUAUCACCAAUGUGCAAUCUCUUAUGCCAGGGUUGCUUCUAGCCAUAAGAAAAGUAGUGCGUCUCAAGAAUCUGGUGUAUGGUUUGGAGAAGGUGUUGUAGAAACCAAGCAUCAAUGGACUGAAUCUUGAUUUCUGUCUCUCACGGAACACAUUCCACGUUUUCUUCAUUAAAAAAUGGAAUUAACAUAUUAGCUGGAAACUUCAGCAUAGAGAGAAUGGUUCUUUGUAACAGUCUUUCAAGGAAAUGUGUUACAUUCUUUUAUCUUGUUCCCUUCAAAUUCAAUGAUGAUAUGCAACUUUGAAAUCUCA